AUGGAGGUGUAUUUCUUCCAGCCAGAUGUCUACGCGGACCUUUACAAUUGCUCACAACUCACGCAGGAGGAAUGGCAACAAGUUGGGCUCCGAAGGCCUUGUUUGGCGAUAUUUCUGGGCGUCCUCGGCGGUGCUUUUGCUGUGAGUGCGAAAUUUUUUAUUUAAUUUUGAAUUUUUUUUCGCACCGUGCAAAUUAUUUCUGGUUUUGCACAUUAUGCACUGUGCAAACCAAGAAUUACUUCCUUGUCGCACCGGACGGCCGCACAGUGCAAUCAUGUCAAAUGGUUUUUUCGCACCGUGCAACAAGUUGAGUUUUGUUUUUUUUUUGCACUGUGCAACCUCAAGUCUUUUGCACAGUGCGGGUGCGACAAAAGAUGGCUAAAAUUUGCACGGUGCAGACGAAAGUCAAUUUUUUCGCACUGUGCGACUCAAAGCUGACGACUUGCACUGUGCAUCUUUCAACUUUGUCGCUCUGGACAACCGCACAGUGCAAUGCCGCAAAAUGGUUUUUUCGCACUGUGCAAUAACAUGAUUUUCCUUUUUUGCACUGUGCAAUCUCAAGUCUUUUGCACUUCUUGCACAGUGCGGUUGCGACAGAUUUAUCGCCGCUGCACUGUGCACAAAAACUUUUGAGUAUUGCACAGUGCAAAAAGCAAAAAAUAUGAUUUUUAAAAUUAUUUUUCAGAUAAUUUACAUGCCAUUUGUCGCGAUAAUGACCAAAAAAAGAUUCUUUCACCUCUCCUGUUACAAAAUAAUGUUUUGUUUGGGGUUUAUAGAUGCGUGGACUAUCAUCAUUGCCGUCGGAUUAUGUGGUUAUGUUACCUUUGAAGGCGGGGUGUUCUGCACAAUGCCUCGGCUGACUUAUUUUAUUGGAGUCACUGGAGUGGGUAAGGGAACGUUUUUAAAAAUAAAAUAUUUUUUAAAUUGGAAAAAAAUUAUUCACCAAAUUGGACAGUUCGUAUUUUACAUUACAUAUUUAUGAAUUUUCUUACAAUUACCAUUUUUCGGGACUCUGCAAUGAAAAGAAAAAGUUUUAAAAAAUGAAAAAAUGACUGCACAGUGCAAGAGAGAGGUAAAAGAUGGUUCAUUAUUUUGUUUCAGAGUACGUGAGAUCCUAAUUUGCCAUGUUUGAUUAUUUUAUUUUACUGUAUCAAAGCAUAAAGUAGUCAAAAAUUCGUUGCACUGUGCAGUUUUGAAAUGGACCGAAAAGCGAUUUCACAGUGCAAAUAAAAUUAAAAAAAUGACUCACUGUUAUGUUUUAAGGUGACCAACAUGUCAGUGUACUAUUUUUGAAUCUUUUUUCUUACUGUAUCACUCCGUAAAAUAAUCAAAAAUUCGUUGCACUGUGCAAUUUUUUAAACUGACCGAAAAGCAAUUGCACUGUGCAAACAAGGUAAAAAAUGACUCACUGUUCUGUUUCAGGGUAUGUGACACUCUAAUUUACCAUUUUUGCCUUUCUUUUUUACUAUAUCACACUAUUAAACAAACCAAAAUUUGAUGCACUGUGCAAUUUUUGAAACUGAACAAAAGCGAUUGCACAGUGCGAGGAGGAAACAAAAGAUGGUUGAUUAUUUUGUUUCCGAGUAUGUGAGACUCUACCCUAACAUUUUUGAAUUUCAUUCUUACUGUAUCACACCGUAAAAUAAUCAAAAAGUCAUUGCACUGUGCAAUGUUGUCUUUAUUACCCUCAAGCGUCAAGAAUUUAUAAUAAAUCGAAAAACCGACACUUUACAGCUUCCUGGUGUGGCAGCUGUCUUCUCUGCGUCAUCCUGGCAGUAAAUCGGUGUCUUGACAUCUACUAUCGCGACAUUCACGAGCUUUUGUUUGACGGUUGGCGGACCUGGAUCUGGAUUUCUCUCGCUUUCCUCUACAUUUUUCUCGUGGCUUGGUUUGAGACCCCCAUCUUCUACCACAGUCGCUAUGCCGCCGGAUUUUACGAUCCAUUUUUGGGGGCGCCCAUCGAGAAACGUCAUCAUUUUGUGAAUUACACCCAUGUUGUGAACAAUGUGGCGGUUAUUAUUAUCAUGUCGCUGUUAUAUGUAUGGCUUUGUUUGUACAUUUUGAGGGGGAAAGCCAAAAGAAGCAAGACCAAAAAUAAAGUACGAAUUUUUUCAAAAAAUUUUUUUUAAUUUUGCUUUAAAAAAAUACCGUAUUUUAGUUUGUAAUCCAAACGAUUUUGGUCUGUGCUCCAUUUACAAUCGCCUCAGGCAUCUACGAUUACAUGCAGGUACUUUUUUACCCAAUUUUUUCAUUGCACCGUGCAGAAAAAAAUUUUUUUUGACUGCACUGUGCGAGAAUUCGAUUAUAAUUUUUUUUCGCACUGUGCAAUCAGAAAAUUAUUUUUUUCCCAAAUUGCACUUUGCGGAAAACAAAAAUUUUCGUUUUCCGCACAGUGCAGUGUUAUUCUCAAAAAAUUUCCGUUUUGCACAGUGCAACGAAAUCUUCAUUUUUUGGUUUCGCACAGUGCAGUUUUUGAUCGCUUUGCGACAAAAAAUUAUGUCGCCGCUUUCGCACAGUGCAAUUUUGACUUUCGAAGCCGCAUCGUCGUUUCGAAAAAUCUUUUGCACUGUGCGAUCAUUUUUUUUGUCGCUACUUCACCGGCGACAAAACUUUUUGUCGCGCGUUUCCGCUCCGUUUGCAUUUCGCGACUUUCGGUUUGAAAUGCACCGUGCGGGCGGAAGUUUUGAAUUUCACUGCACUGUGCAGCCCUCUGCACAGUGCAAUUCGACUUUACUAGCCGGGACAAAAAGUCCUGAUAAUUUUGCACCGUGCGGAUUUGAACGUUUUGGGUUGUCGCUGCGAAAAUCGCGAAAAAAUGUGUUUUGCACGGUGCAUUUCCCCCGAAAAGUGCAUUUGCACAGUGCAUUUUUGUUUGUUUUUGCCUUACGUCGCGCGCGAUUCCCCAUUUUUCGGAGCGACAAAUCGUUUUUUCAGAGUGCGACAAAAACCGCGCAAAAUCCGCACGGUGCAAAAUUAUCAGGACUUUUUGUCCCGACUAGUACUAGUCGCCGCAAAAAGUCUUUGGAAUUUUCUGCGACUCUGCACUGUGCGCGAACCCGAAAACACAUUUUGCACCGUGCAUCCGGCCCGAAAAGUGCUUUUGCACUGUGCAAUUUUGUUGAUUUUGCCUUAUUGUCGCGCGCGAUUCCCACUUUUCUCAGCGACAAAUCGACAUUUCGGAGUGCGACGGGAUUUGGGGGCCGCGAAAAAUUCCAAAGACUUUUUGCGCCGACUGAUACUAGUCGGGACAAAAAGUCCUGAUAAUUUUGCACUGUGCGGAUUUGAACGUUUUGGGUUGUCGCUGCGAAAAUCGCGAAAAAAGGUGCUUUGCACGGUGCAUUUGACCCGAAAAGUGCAAUUGCACAGUGCAUUUUGUUUGUUUUUGCCUUAUUGUCGCGCGCGAUUCCCAUUUUUCGAAGCGACAAAUCGUUUUUUCAGAGUGCGACAGAAACCGCGCAAAAUCCGCACGGUGCAAAAUUAUCAGGACUUUUUGUCCCGACUAGUAUUUUGCACAGUGCAAUUUGACUUUUGGACUGCACUGUGCAACCCUUUGCACAGUGCAAUCCUUUUUUGUCGCUGCUUCCCUGGGAACAAAAUUUUUUGUCGCUCUCCUUUGCUCUGUUUGCAUUUCGCAACACUCGGCAUGAAACGCACAGUGCAGACGGAAGUUUUGAUUUCGGCUUUUCGCACAGUGCAAUCGACUUUAUUUCGCACGGUGCAAUUUUACUUUUGUACCGCACUGUGCAGCCGUUUGCGCAGUGCGAAAGUCGGCUUUAUUUUGCACAGUGCAAUUUGAUUUCGAGAUUGCACAGUGCAGUUAAAAACAAAACUUGAAUAAAAAAUCGUAUUUUAGUUUUUCUCUCCUCCGGAAUGGGUUAGCCUGGUCGGACACGCCUUUUAUAUGAUCACCGGAGGGUCAGCUGGACUUGUUUAUUGGCUUUUCAACGACAAUCUGAGACGAGAACUGCUUCGAAUUCUGGCUCGAUGCAAGUUUCUGCGGCUGAGCAAGGUGUUCAUGAGCUCGAGACCUAAUGGGACGCAGCUGAGUAGCCAAACUGGACAUCGGCCGGGAUCCUGGGCAUAA